AGGAUCCUCCCACUCCGGCUCCUAAAGCGUUAACCCCGGAGAGUCCAGCAGCCCUACCACUAGCGCCCAGGGUUCCUAAAAAGGAAAGGUACAAGGUUGGUAGACUUAAUAGAUCAAAGGCAGGGCAUACUUCCUGUUGCCCAGACCUUAUAUAAAACGUCAUGACCGCCUGGGCUGCAGAGACGCACCUAGCACUGCCCCAGCCGCUGCCUCCUGAGGUUUCCCGAGGACCACAAUGAACAAGUGGUUGUGCUGCGCAUUCCUGGUGCUCCUGGACAUCAUUGAAUGGACAACCCAGGAAACCUUUCCUCCAAAGUACUUGCAUUAUGACCCAGAAACUGGUCGUCAACUCUUGUGUGACAAAUGUGCUCCUGGCACCUACCUAAAACAGCACUGCACCUUGAGGAGAAAGACAUUGUGUCUCCCCUGCCCUGACCACUCUUACACAGACAGCUGGCAUACCAGUGAUGAGUGUGUGUACUGCAGUCCAGUGUGCAAGGAACUGCAGUCUGUGAAGCAGGAGUGCAACCGCACCCACAACCGAGUGUGUGAGUGUGAGGAAGGGCGCUACCUGGAACUCGAAUUCUGCUUGAAGCACCGGAGCUGUCCCCCAGGCUUGGGUGUGGUGCAGGCUGGAACCCCAGAGCGAAACACGGUUUGCAAAAGAUGUACCGAUGGGUUCUUCUCAGGUGAGACGUCACCGAAAGCACCCUGUAAGAAACACACGAACUGCAGUGCACUUGGACUCCUACUAAUUCAGAAAGGAAAUGCCACACAUGACAAUGUAUGUUCCGGAAACAGAGAAGCAACACCGAAGUGUGGAAUAGAUGUCACCCUAUGCGAAGAGGCAUUCUUCAGGUUUGCUGUCCCUACCAAGAUCAUACCGAAUUGGCUGAGUGUUCUGGUGGACAGUUUGCCUGGGACCAAAGUGAAUGCAGAGAGUCUAGAGAGGAUAAAACGGAGACACAGCUCACAAGAACAAACUUUCCAGCUCCUGAAGCUGUGGAAGCAUCAAAACAGAGACCAGGAAAUGGUGAAGAAGAUCAUCCAAGACAUUGACCUCUGUGAAAGCAGUGUGCAACGGCAUAUCGGCCAUGCAAACCUCACCACAGAGCAGCUUCAAGUCUUGAUGGAGAGCUUGCCUGGCAAGAAGAUCAGCCCAGAAGAGAUUGAGAGAACAAGAAAGACCUGCAAACCGAGCGAGCAGCUCCUGAAGCUACUCAGCCUGUGGAGGAUCAAAAAUGGAGACCAAGACACCUUGAAGGGCCUGAUGUACGCACUCAAGCACUUGAAAACAUUCCACUUUCCCAAAAACGUCACCCACAGUCUGAGGAAGACCAUCAGGUUCUUGCACAGCUUCACCAUGUACAGAUUGUAUCAGAAGCUCUUUUUAGAAAUGAUAGGGAAUCAGGUUCAAUCAGUGAAAGUAAGCUGCUUAUAACUAGAAAUGGUCCCUGGGCUGUUGCUUCAGGAUGGGCCAAAACUGAUGGAGGACAAGACUGUUUCUCAGGCACUUGAAACGGCACCGAGAUUCCCUUCUCAUCAGUUGAUGGGAAUGAAGACCUGCCCACCAACACACACACACUGGGGACUCUGAGUUGGGAGACUGAGGCAGGCUGUUUUAUAAUUGUACAAAGCCAGGUGCACAGCCAGAAAAUCAAGCACACUGAGUGAGAACAGAGGAAAUUUGUUAUAGCCUCAGACAUGGGUCCCUUCCUUCCUCUCCUCGAGACUGAGUAAUCAGAAGGCUUCUAUUAUCAUAUGUGCCAUCCCUAGAUGAAGGUGUCUUUCCUUCUGCAUCUGAUAGUCUAUGACAUUCUGUUUACUAUAAUGAUUAUCAGGUGCUUGAGCCUUAUCACGUUUCUAGGUUUCUAGGCAAGCUUGACUGUUAGCUGUUUUUCCCUCUGAAGAUUUUAUUUGAGUUUCAGACUUAACUAGACAAGCGUGGGGGGUGGGGGGGAAUUGUGAUAGUUUAUUUAACAGACUGCCACCGAGAGCCCAGUGUUUCUUGUUCCUCUGUAGUUGGACCUAAGCUGACUCAAACGUACUUUUAGUUUAAAAACUGAUCAACGAAUUUUAUUUCUUACAUCAACAAUGGCUGGCUUUGUUUCAGGGUACUAAAAGAAACUACUAUACAGAGAAAGAAUUGAUAUCUCCCCCAAAGUUCAACAAAUCCCCAAUAGUUUGUCCAGCUGUCAUGUCUGGUUCAGUAUCUACUGACUAUGUGUCCUCUUAUUAUUGCAUUCAGUAACUAAACUGGAAAUAAUAAUAAUAGAAAUAAAAUCAAGACUCCAUUGGAUCUCUUUGAAUAUGGGAAUAUCUAACAUAAAAAGCUUUGAGAUGUCAGUUGUGUUAAAGGCUUUUAUUAAAAAGCUGAUAUUCUUCUGUAAAAGUUACUAAUAUAUCUGUAAGACUAUUACAGUAUUGCUAUUUAUAUUCAUAUCCAGAUAUGUCUUGUACAUAUUAUAAUCCUAGAGAGAAAUGUUGUAGGACUUAAUUUUAGAAAGAAAAAAAUAUUCUGUUUAAUAUUAAGACAAAUAAAAGAGAUAAAAUAUAUUUUUAAUAGAAACUUUGUAGUAUUUUCCAAUAGGUACUGUCAGUUUUCUAGUGUGGAAUGUUUUUAUAAUAUAAUUUUAUCUGUAUAAGAUGUAAUAUCGUUUUAUAGAAAAAUGCAUUAUGUAUUCAGUUGUUUAAUGUCAGAAAGUGUAUGAACUAUAAAUUAUCUGAAUAUUAGAUGCUCUGAGAAAUUGAAUGUACCUUAUUUAAAGAUUUUAUGAUCGUACUACAUAAAUAACAUCAUUAAAGUUUUCAAAUUAUUUUU